AUGACAAUCACCGAAGGUGCCUCCACAAUGGAGGACAUUGUCACAAAGCUACUUCAGGACGUCAGAGCCCUUCAUGAUUACCUUGAUACCGCAGGGCUACCACAUCCAUCCUUUGAUAAGAAUACCCCACCGGUUGUUCUUCCGUAUGACGCCCCGCUAGAGGUCCAGAAUGCUCGCGAGCAGAUCAUGGACGCCGCCCUCCGCCUCUUCCGUCUUGCUGCCGGGCCAAGCGAUCACAUAAGCCAAGCGCGGACUGCGUACGAAGACAUUGCAACCCUCCAAUGGCUCUGGCAUUUUCAAAUCUUCGACCUAGUCCCCGCCGAGGGUUCCAUUAGCUACUUCGAGCUAGCUGGCAAAGCCAACGUCGCUGUCGCCCAUGCGAAGAGCAUCAUUCGUAUGGCGAUAACCGCGGGGCUCUUCGAAGAGCCCACCCCGCAACAAGUCUCUCACUCCGCUACCUCUCUCUAUAUCCGCAACAGCGAGCCCAACCGGACAUGGGCCGUCUGGGUCUGCGACGUCUCUGUGCCAGCAGCGGCGGCGAUGGUUGCUGCUCAGACGAAAUGGCCUCGGAGCCUGAGUCGGAUACACACGUCGUACAACUUUGCGAAUGAUACCGAGCUUCCAUUCUUCGACCACCUGGCGCAACUUCCCGAGCGGAAGGCGCUUUUCCAGGGUCUCAUGAAAGCCGUUUCGUCUUUGCAAAAACACGACCUCAAGCACACCAUUGCCGGCUUUGACUGGGCUAGUCUUGGUGAGGCCACAGUCGUCGAUGUCGGCGGCUCAACCGGGCACGUCUCCAUUGCGCUUGCCCGUGAAUUCCCCUCAUUGAAAUUUAUCGUGCAAGACCUUCCCGAGGUUAUCGACAACGCACCUUCCCACCUCGCCUCCCUCCCCGACAGCACAGCCCUAGCCUCCCGAAUAACCUACCUGGCACACAGCUUCCUCACCCCACAACCAAUCCGCGGCGCUGCGGUCUACUUCCUCCGCAUGAUUCUGCACGAUUGGCCGACGGACGACGCCGUCAAUAUCCUCUCGCACCUCGUCCCAGCCCUCGAAGAGAACUCCCGGAUCAUAGUCAUGGACUCGCUGUUGCCGGAUCCGGGGUCUGUACCGCUGGCUAAGGAAAGGUUGUUCCGGGCGCAGGAUUUGACAAUGCUGCAGAAUUUCAAUGCCGGAGAGCGGGCAUUGGAGGAUUGGAGGCAGAUAUUUGCGAGGGUUGAGGGCGGGUUGGCGGUUAGGGCAAUCAGGCAGCCGGUUGGGAGUAAUAUGGCUUUUAUCGAGUUGGGCUUGGAGUAA